CUCUCCCAUCUGUUAAAUGUUAAAUCCCUUCCACAUGGUCAGUCAUUAUCAGGAGUACAAUGGUCUUUAAAAAUUCUGUGCAAAGGAUGUGGAAUGAUGCUGACUCGCUGAAGACUUAUCAGUUUCCUACAGCGUGGCAGGCCGUGCAUAAGGCUGGAUUUUCAUCUUUGACAUCAUAGCUCUGUUGUCUUGGCUUGUACACCGUCCUGCGGGCUGUGUAGACAGCAAGCUGGGGAGGGACAUUUAUGCACACCUCCUGAGUUUCUUCAAAGAGCUGCAGAGAGGCACGGGGUAGGAGGGAGAUCACACAGAGAGGGGGGAGAGAGAGAGAGAGAGGCGAAAUCAUCCCAUCCUUCGCUUGUGAGCAAGGCACUGCUGCUUGAAUCCAUUUUCCCCUGCGCUCACAUGUAACAGGAUAAGAUGUUGAAGUUCUUCACUGCGCGGGAUGACGAGAACGAAAGCCUUUUGGGAGCAAUAACUGAGGAUGAAGGAGACAAUCCGUCUCUUCAAGACACCAAGCACCACUGGCUGAACAGACCCUGCCUCCUGGUGCUCAAAGAUGGAGAUGUGUCAAAACCUGUCCUGGGCUGUAAAGAAAUCAGAGCGCAGUCUCCAUCUAAAGCCACAUCAGAUGCUACACUCAGAAGCAUAUCUGGACCAUGUGAGCAGAAACCUUAUGAACAUCCCACCAAGUCUGCUUCCCAAGUGGAGGGUGGCAGCUGCACUGUGACUUCCAUCUCCACUUGGGGUGAAAAGGAGUCCUCCAGUCCCCUAGUGUUGAGCCCAGCAGAGGCCGCAUGGGCAGAGGAGGAGGAAGAGAAGAACAAGAAGUCUCAGGUUCUCCCAUCAAAAAAGGAGGACUCUGUGAUUGAGGAGAAGGAGCGGGAGGAAAGUGGGCUGGAGCAGCAGGAUGAUUCUUGCAGCUUGGAGGCGACUGUAGCACCUUCUACUCUGUCACAAGAGGAGACAUGUAACAGAGCAGCAAGGGAGCUCAGGAGCCAGUUCAAGAUGGCCAUAUCUAAUGGGGAAGAUCAGACAAACACCAAUAAGGCCUGGGCAGCCAAUGGUGAGGGCGCAAUGGGUGACUGUGCUGCUCCUCCGGUGGAUCUUGAUAGCACGCCCCAGACGAGCCCUGCCGGCAUUCUGUCCAAGGAUCGAGGCACUGUCCUUGGGGAGGUGGCCCCAGUAUGGGUCCCUGAUGCUGAAGCGCAGGUCUGCAUGAAGUGUGGAGUCAAGUUUACAUUCACCAAGAGGAGGCACCACUGUCGUGCUUGUGGAAAGGUUUUUUGUGCACUUUGCUCCAGUUUGAAGUUCAGACUUACACAUCUGGAUGGGAAGGAGGGACGAGUAUGUGUUUCCUGUCAUUCAACACUCAUUAAAAGGACAUCUCCCAGGGGAAAAAGAAGGGUGUGGUUUGCUGAUGAAAUCCUCACUGACCAGCAUUCGGAGUCUGCUCCAACCACACCAGUCAGGGGGCCCGAAUUCUCACCGCUGAUGAGUCGAAUGCUGGGCGGGCCUGUUAAAAGUCCUGCAGGUUCACCACAGAUAAGGAGAACUUUGAGGCCACAUGGAACGAUGAUUAGUGAGGCCUGUGGUCCCUACGGCUGGGGCACCACAGCUUUAGUGAGAAGCUGCGCUAACCUCGUUCCCUUGGAUGGCUUGCCACCCAUACUCACCUCCACAGGAGUCAAAGGAGAUUAUACUGUGGAGGAGCAGCCCUCUGAGAUGCUCCUUAUUCAGGAGUUGGAGAGUGGGAGGCCGAAGCCUCUGGUGUUUGUUCUCAAUGCUAACCUGCUUUCUAUGGUCAAACUGGUCAACUAUGUCAACAGAAAGUGCUGGUGUGUGACGACAAAGGGAAUGCAUGCUGUGGGGCAGGUGGAGCUGGUGGUGCUGCUGCAGUGCCUACCUGAAGAAAAAAGCUUCCCCAAAGACAUUUUUAGGCACUUCAUUCAGCUGUACAGGGACACUUUCACAGGGAAGGUUGUGAAACAUCUAUCACUCUCCCUGUUUGGCAGCAGCUUCUUAGGCAGUCAGGAUCAUGCUGGUUUCCUGUAUGUUCGCUCCACUCUCCAGUCCCUUCAAGGUCUACCUCUGCCAAAUCAGCCCUACCUCUUUGGCCUGCUGGUCCACAGAGCAGAGGUGGCCUGGGCCAAAGCCUUUCCUUUGCGCCUCAUGCUGCGACUGGGGGCUGAGUACAGAUUUUACCCAUGCCCUCUGUACAGUGUACGCUUUAGGAAGCCCUUGUUUGGGGAAAUAGGACACACCAUAAUGAGACUGUUAGUGGAUUUUAGAAAUUACCGUUACAGCUUACCAAUGGUAUCGGGCCUCACAGUGGACCUAGAAGCUCAUACGACUUGCAUAAAGAUACCGACCACUGGGUAUAAUGAGCUAAUGAAGGCGCUGAAUAAGUCCAAUGACCAUGUGCUGGCCAUAGGGGCAUGCUUUAAUGAGACUGCAGACUCCCACCUCAUCUGUGUGCAAGCAGAUGAUGGCCAGUACCAGACCCAAGCCAUCAGCAUCCACAAUCAACCACGCAAAGUUACUGGCUCAUGCUUCAUUAUAUUCAGUAGUGCUCUGAAAGCAUCGGCAGGAUACUUGGCCAAGUCCAGCAUUGUAGAAGAUGGACUAAUGCUGCAGAUCACCGUGGAAACCAUGGUGGAGCUCCGCCGGUCUCUACGGGAGAUGAAAGACUACACUAUCACCUGUGGACGGCUGGACCAAUCAGAGAGCCAGGAGCUUGUUUGUGUGCAGUGGGUGGAGGAGAAAUGCACUGUAAAUAAGGGCAUCAUUAGCCCCAUCGAUGGGAAAUCAAUGGAGUCUAUCAGCAGUACCAAGAUGUUUCAGAAGUCAGAAUACAAAGAAAACGGAAAGAUCAUCCGCUGGACAGAAGUGUUCUUCCUCCAGAAAGGUGAUCAUCCCAAAGGAGGAGUGACUGACUCUGCUGAACACAACCGGCUAACGGAGAGGAUCGCACGGGCAUUUUGCUUGGCACUGUGUCCGCACCUUAAACUGCUGAAAGAGGACGGGAUGGCUAAACUGGGGCUCCGUGUCACUUUUGACUCCCAAGAGGUUGGAUUUGUGGCAGGGAGCAACGGGCAGCCCCUCCCAGCUCAGUACCUCAAUGCGCUGAAUGGCGUGCUGAUUCCCGUCAUCCACAGCAGGGGGCACAAGAGGGAUGGUGAGCCCAUUGUGAUGGAGCUCAUUUUUUACAUCAUGGAGAACAUCACUUAGAGCACCCAGACUUUCUUCUAAUUUGUCUUCUUAAUUCUGACCACUGCUCCAUCUCCAGCACUUCUCACCUGUUUAAGGGCAAUAAAUGCAUUCCAAAGGCAAACUGGAUCACAUCCGAGUUCUGCAUCCAUCUCAUUCAGGAGGUCGGACUCUGUGGUUUUCUGAUCUCGCUCUGCCCAGCCACAAUCAGGCUAUGCAUGAAACCUGUGACAGACCAUUAGAUCAGGGUGCAGCUCUUGCACUGUAGUAGCAGCUUCAUGGCUUGAAAUCAUUAAUGUCACAAUGUUCAAUACAUAUUUUCAAAUGAAGAAUACCUUUAAAGCGAUAGCUGGAUUCAGCCUCGUGACCUUAAAGCUAAUGAGAAAGAGAAUGACUUGGAGUUAUGCAUUAAAUCCAAAUAGCAGUUUCAUGCACUCUGAAUGAAUGCCUAGAGAAUGUUUUAAUAUUGGAUGAAUUUUAAUUGACUGCUCAUGAAAUGUAAUGUCAGCUUGGAAUUAAACUUGCAACAAUGA